AUGUAUUGGCCGGUUACUGCGGUCCUGCUGGCCCACCUUGGGGCUACCUUAACGGGGGCGUGGAGAGCAUCUCAACCAAGACUGCAGUUCACACACUCCGAGCUAAUUCAGAACGGCCGCCUGCUGACGCUGCCCCUGGUGGCCGGGGACCUGCACUCCCUGCUGCCUGACGAAGACAGGAGGCGUCUUUACGUGGCCAUGAAAGAUAACCUGCUGUCUACCAGUCUGGACGACAUAACGCAGAACCCGCGCAAGCUGUACUGGCCAGCCAGUCCAGACCGUGUCCAAGAGUGUCUCAUGGCUGGGAAGGAUCCUGAGUUGGAGUGUGCUAACUUCCUGCGAGUCCUGCAGCCUUUUAAUCAGACUCACCUGUACGUUUGUGGGACUGGAGCCUUCAACCCCCGAUGUGCUUUCAUAGCUACCAGCGUCUUCCAACAGUCAGAGCACCAGACUCUCUCCUACAGCCAGACAGAGUGUGGGAAAGGGAAAUGUCCUUACGAUCCGUUCCAGAAAACAGCCUCUGAUGUCGUUGAUGGAGAGCUGUAUGCUGGGAUCACCUCAGACUUCAUGAGCCGGGACUCUGCCUUCUUCCGUAGUCUUGGUAGCCGUCAUGUCAUCCGCAGCGAGCAAUACGACUCCACCUGGCUGCAGGAUGCCCAGUUUGUGCGGGUAGCGCCGCUGUCUGAAACUGAUAACCCGGAAGAUGAUAAGGUCUACGUGUUUUUCACUGAGAGCGCUCAAGAGGCAGAAGGGGCUGCUGGGAAGGUGCUCUACUCCAGAGUGGCACGUGUGUGCAAGAAUGACAUCGGAGGCCAGAGGAGUUUAGUCAAUAAGUGGAGUACCUUCCAGAAGGCUCGUAUGGUGUGUUCAGUCCCAGGACCAGAUGGCCUACAGACACACUUUGACCAGCUGCAAGACAUCUUUAUCCUCCAGGCGAAAGACAAGAAGAACCCUCUCAUCUACGGCCUGUUUACCACCUCUAGUGAUAUCCUGAACGGCUCAGCAGUGUGCGUCUACCGAAUGGAAGAUGUGGUUCGAGCUUUCAAGGGAAACUUCCUUCAUAAGGAGGGACCUCAGUAUAAGUGGGCCGAGUUCACAGGCAAGGUGCCUUACCCGCGACCAGGAACUUGCCCCAGCAGCACGUAUGGAAGUUACAGCUCUACCAGAGAAUAUCCUGACGACGUCAUCUUCUUCAGCAGGACUCACCCGCUGCUGCAGGAAAAUGUGCUGCCGCUGGGAGAGCGCCCCCUACUGGUCAGAGUGGGUGUUCACUAUAAAUUCAGCAAACUGCUUGUGGACAGAGUGGAGGCCGUGGACAGCACCUAUGAUGUCCUGUUCAUCGGCACAGACUCAGGCCUUGUGCUGAAGGCCAUCCAUUUGCCCAGAGAACACGGGCAGAGUCAGGAGGUCACUCUGGAACAGCUGCAGGUCUUUAAGCACAAAUCACCUGUGACAGCCAUGACACUCUCAAAGAAAAAGCAGUGGUUGUUUGUGGGCUCCAGGGAGGGUGUGUCCCAGCUGGCGCUAUACCAGUGUGAGCUGUACGGUCAGGCAUGUGCUGAGUGCUGCCUAGCCAGAGAUCCCUACUGCACCUGGGACGGACACGCCUGCAGCCCCUACAUGCCCACCGUACGCAGAAGGAACGCUCGUCACUUAGGGGAGGAUGAGGAUCCACUUACUCAGUGUGUCAGACAGGGAGCGGGGCUGCAGGUGGAGGCAGAACAGAGGACGAUGGUGGUUGCCGAGGGCAACAGCACCUACCUGGAGUGUCUGCCCCGAUCCAGACACGCUGCCGUUACCUGGUACAAACAGGCUGGAGAGAACAGUCCUGAACUCAACCAGGUGGUAACAGGUGACCAGCUAGUGGUGAUCGAGCGGGGUGUUCUGAUUCGUCAAGCUGAGCUGUCUCAUGGUGGCGUCUACCACUGCCAGGUGGAGGAGCACGGCUACCACUGGAACGCCGUCACUGUCCGCCUCGCUGUCUGGAGCCCCUCAGCCAAUCGCCUACUUGCUUCCUGGUCCGCCCCGUCUUAUCAGAGCGCAGGAUCUCAGCCCUGGUACGAGGACGUGAUGGCGCUGAUUCACCCUGGAAACCUCGGCCAGCACUGCAGGGCCCUAGGAUACCGCCCCCCACGCAACCACCGUCGCCAUGGUGAUAUCAUGGUGGAGCCUAACAAGGAGAAAGAGAAGGUGGAGAGGCACAAGCACGGGGGAGGAAGAGGAGGAGGGGGAGGAGGAAGAGCAGCAGGGAGGAAGAGCAGGAGCAAGCCACAGCUGAGGGCACCGAGGAGCGCUUGAAUGUGUCGCGGAACAGGAGGGCAAAUUUUCAGUGACUUAAACACACACACCCACACACACAUUUAUGUUAACGUCCACAUUAAGACACACACAUGUACACGCACACACACUUAACUUAUACACUGAGACACACACAUACUGUAUGUACAGAGACUAUGACAUGCGCAUGCACUUAUCUACAAACAAAAAAGGCAUCCUUUCAUUAUAGUGAGAGACUUUCAAACUAAGCUACACAUAAACAAACUGAAGUAUGUACAGGAGGACGUGAACAAAAAAGACAAAAGACUUGUGAAUAACAAGUCGAACACCUUCGGCUGCGUAGUAUGUUGAAUGCAGAAUGAACGGCAUGUCAAGAUCACUCAGUUUAACUGUCACGGUGUCGUGACAAGGACAUGCGGAAGGAUACUUUGGAUUUCGAGUUUCUAGAGAAAGAAAAAGAAAAUUUGAAGGUAGAUAUUCAGCAUUUGAAAAAUCAUCCAACCCCUCUGAAAUUAGUGCUGCCAUAAAGGACCAUACUGGCGGCUUUGCCUGUUUUUGCCCAUUGAUUAUAAAACACACUGCCAAUUAUUCUCUAAAGCAGAACAGAUGUGUUUAGAUUGAUUUCGUAUCUUCCAGGCAGACACUGGUUUCCAUUAAAUCCAGUACGCUUUGAAAACCUUCUUAUAGAAACAUCCAAAAUGCUUCAGAAUUCAGAGGUAUGUUAUCGCAGAUGCAAACCGCACAGCCAGUCUUUCGCUUUUAUAGAAUUGACUGCUCAAAAGAUUUUGAUUGAUUCAGUGGAAGGUCAAAGCAAAAGACGAACAAGAAAACAUGGCUGCAGUUCACUUUCGGAGUAUCCUUGAACACAUCAGCAGAGUAAAACAGUUAGUGUUUUCAGCAUAACAGCUAAACUAAGACUUAUAGGAGAAGAUAAAAGAGAGUGUUUUUUGGAAAAUAAUCAGUGAAAGUUUAAGGGAUUUGAGAAGAUAAUUGUUAACUUUAGGUUGUGAAUAGCAGUAAUAGCACUGAUGAGUAGUAUACUUCCUUCUCCCCUAAUGGAUAUAUGCCAACACUUCCACCAACUGUGUGAGUUUUGCUGGUUUAUUCAGAUUGGUGGUCUCUGAAUGCAAAAUGACUGACCAUGACCACAGAGAUGAAAGGCAGAGAGAAGCAGAGCGACAGCUUUGAUGAGGUUACAGAUCUACUUUCCCAGGAUGUUGCAGCGUACUGACACACUGCAGGAGAUGUUUCCAUUAUAUUCUCCUCAAGGUUCAGAAAUGUUAGCUGGUAAUGUACACAGACAAAUCUGGAACUGAAAAAGUAACAGAGAGCCUAGUAUAUGUUUAGGAACAGAAAUGAAGACACAGAGGAUCUGGUGUGUUAUAUAAGGUCGGAAAUAUUCCUUGUCUGGGUUGGUUUAGUUUGCCUGAAGUCCUACAUAAGAACGGUGUACAGAUUUAGGAAUUAAUGUUUAUUGUUAGGUAGAAAAAAAGAAACAUCUGCGCAUCAACACUAAUAAAAACUUCAGUUUUUGCGUCAUAAGUUUCUGGGAAAAGAAAUGUUUAGCUGCUAUUAGAUGAGGUACAAUCAAGCCUCUCCU